UCUACUCUUCCUUCUCCACCACACCCGUAUUUCUUUCUCCACCACAGCCGUACGUACGUCUUCGUCUUCUCCACAAACCCCCUUUGAAAUCUUCAAAUUAGAGAAAUUAAUAUAUAAAUAUCAUGGGAAUAUGGGACGCAUUAAGCAAAUAACGUAAACGAAUGCAAUGGUGGAGAUGGGAUCUUUUCCUCUAUGCAAUAAAGCUGUCACCUUAUGCUCCUACUAUCAAACACACCCAUCAAUAAUCCAAAAGAGUUAUCACCGUAACUGUCAAACGAGACCCUUUGAAUCCUCGCUUCAACGGCUGAUUCAUACGAGCAUCAAAUACCCAAAUCGUUUCUUUUCAGAUACCAACAACCAGUUCAGGGUUAACUCAGUCAGAGACAGUAAUGGAGAUCAAACCACCAUGUCUGCUUCUUCUGCCUACCAGGUGCUCGACAUAAUGCCUGAUUGCACUUUGUCCGAACUCAAAGCAGCUUUUCGUGCCAAAGUGAAGCAAUUCCAUCCUGAUGUUAUAAAGAGUGAUGAUGGUAAUUCAGAUACAAUGAUUCGCCGUGUGAUUGAAGCCUAUGAGGUGUUAUCCAAUUUAAGCAAAUCAGAGAUCAUUGAAAGUGAAUGUCUAGACCCUUUUGAUGCUCCUGAAUGUGAGGCAUUUGACAUCUUUGUUAAUGAAGUUCUAUGUGCUGGAAAAGGGUGUCCUUAUUCGUGUGUAAAGACCGCACCUCAUGCCUUCACAUUCAGUUCUUCAACAGGAACUGCAUAUGCAACGUCUCAAGGUCAUGGUGAGGACUAUAAGGUACAGCUGGCAGUUGGACAGUGCCCUAGAAACUGCAUACAUUAUGUAACACCUUCUCAAAGGAUUAUUCUCCAGGAGUUACUUGCCAGCAUCUUGAAUGUGCCUUUUGAUUGCUCUGCUGAGGCGGACUUGCUUUAUACACUCAUUGUAAAAGCCAAGUUUGAAAAUAAUCGAUACAAGAAGCCAAAAAAGCAACCCAAUGUAUCAACUAAACAUGUUGAUUGGUAUUAAUCAAACAUUAGUUGUUAAGUCUUGUUGCUUUUGUGUAAAUCUUGUAUAUAGCUUAAAAGGAGAAAACAAGGGCUUGUAUAUAUUUAUUCAGUUAUGGUGUAUAUUUAUAUGCUUUGUGUUGUCUUUCUAUCCCGAGGUUUAUCGGAUGAUUUGUUUGUUUUUGGGUUCCUACUGACUUGGUAUCUAUUAUUUGCAAGUGUGCAAACACAGAUAGUAGGAUCAAUAGCUAC